GAAAAUCGUCCCUACUGUACUUUUACACUUGGUGCGACGUGCGAGCGCCCCCGUCCCGCCGCUUACAGAAGCUUAUACAACCUUCGAGAAUCGAGAUGCGAUGCUCCAGCCACAGCUUUCACGCGGCAUCCCGCCAGUGAGCAGUGAGCUCUAUAAAAUCCACCUCCUUUCCCUUAUCUUCCUCAACCUCUAGCCAUUUCCCAGGGUUAACCGCAGAAGCCAAAAUCCGGCCGCCCGCUCACUCCAAUCCACGUUCUUCAUUCCUCUCCCUCCAUAGGGUUUUGUGAACUCUCCUGUUUGGGCACCACCGUCGGCCCAUGGCGACCACGACCUUCCCCACCUCGACCCCAUUCUUUGCGGCCCAUCACGGCCCCCGCCGGAGCCGACCCUCCAUCUCCGCCGCGGUCUACAGCCGCAGUCGCCGGUGGCGCCCGCUGCGGGUGGCGUGCGAGAAGGUGGUAGGCAUCGACCUGGGGACCACAAAUUCCGCGGUGGCAGCUAUGGAGGGCGGCAAGCCCACGAUCGUUACCAACGCCGAGGGGGCGCGGACCACGCCCUCGGUGGUGGCGUACACCAAGUCCGGCGACCGCCUCGUUGGCCAGAUCGCCAAGCGCCAGGCCGUCGUCAACCCGGAGAACACCUUCUUCUCCGUGAAGCGCUUCAUCGGCCGCAAGAUGAACGAGGUAGACGAGGAGUCCAAGCAGGUCUCGUAUCGCGUCAUCAGGGACGACAACGGCAACGUCAAGCUCGAUUGCCCGGCGAUUGGCAAGCAGUUCGCAGCUGAGGAGAUUUCCGCACAGGUGCUGAGAAAGCUGGUGGAUGAUGCAUCAAAGUUUUUGAAUGACAAAGUCACAAAGGCAGUGAUCACAGUCCCUGCUUACUUCAACGAUUCACAAAGGACAGCAACCAAAGAUGCUGGCCGCAUUGCUGGGCUGGAGGUUCUGCGUAUUAUAAAUGAGCCCACCGCAGCAUCACUAGCAUAUGGUUUUGAGAAAAAGAACAAUGAAACAAUUCUGGUUUUUGACCUCGGAGGUGGCACAUUUGACGUUUCAGUUCUUGAAGUCGGUGAUGGUGUUUUUGAGGUGCUGUCUACAUCAGGUGACACUCACCUUGGUGGUGAUGACUUUGACAAGAGAAUUGUUGAUUGGCUCGCUGGAAACUUCAAGAAUGAUGAGGGUAUUGACUUGCUAAAAGAUAAGCAAGCUCUCCAGCGAUUGACAGAAGCGGCUGAGAAGGCAAAGAUGGAGCUGUCAUCUUUGACCCAAACAAACAUAAGCUUGCCUUUUAUUACAGCUACUGCGGAUGGCCCCAAGCAUAUUGAGACUACUCUUACCAGGGCUAAAUUUGAAGAGCUAUGCUCAGAUCUCCUUGACAGGUUGAGGACCCCUGUGGACAAUGCCCUUAGAGAUGCGAAGUUGCAGUUCAAAGAUAUUGAUGAGGUUAUUCUUGUCGGUGGCUCAACUAGAAUACCAGCCGUUCAGGAGCUUGUCAAGAAAAUGACAGGAAAGGACCCCAAUGUGACAGUCAACCCUGAUGAGGUUGUUGCACUUGGAGCAGCUGUGCAGGCUGGAGUUUUGUCUGGUGAUGUUAGCGACAUUGUCCUUCUCGAUGUGACCCCAUUGUCCCUUGGUUUGGAGACACUGGGUGGUGUUAUGACCAAGAUUAUCCCACGGAAUACAACCCUGCCUACCUCAAAGUCGGAAGUUUUCUCAACAGCUGCUGAUGGCCAGACCAGUGUGGAGAUCAAUGUUCUCCAAGGAGAAAGGGAGUUCGUGAGAGACAACAAGUCUCUUGGUAGCUUCCGGCUUGAUGGAAUCCCUCCUGCCCCACGUGGUGUUCCGCAGAUCGAAGUCAAGUUUGAUAUUGAUGCUAACGGUAUCCUUUCUGUCACUGCCGUGGACAAGGGUACAGGGAAGAAGCAGGAUAUUACAAUUACUGGUGCCAGCACUCUGCCAAAGGACGAGGUGGAGAGGAUGGUUGACGAAGCUGAGAAGUUUGCAAAGGAGGAUAAGGAGAAGAGAGAUGCCAUUGACACCAAGAACCAAGCCGAGUCGGUCAUCUACCAGACCGAGAAACAACUGAAGGAACUAGGGGACAAGGUCCCAGGCGACGUCAAGGGGAAGGUCGAGUCGAAGCUGCAAGAGCUCAAGGAUGCUGUUGCUGGUGGCUCCACACAGACGAUGAAGGACGCCAUUAGUGCAUUGAACCAGGAAGUCAUGCAGAUUGGGCAGUCCCUCUACAGCCAGCAGGGUGCCCCAGGCGCCGGACCUGGUCCAGCUGAUGCUUCUGCUGGUUCAGCGGCGGGCACUUCUGAGAAGCCAGGUGACGAUGGCGAUGUAAUAGACGCAGAUUUCACUGACAGCAAAUGAGUGGCAUGCUAGGUUUAGAUGAGGCUGUUCGCUGGGGAUGUUUUGCCGCGAGGGAGAGAUUUGUUUUGUAGGAUGUGGGUGUACUUUUUGGUAGAUUUGCACCUUUGUUCCCAUUUGGAGUUCGGAUGAAGGUGAGUUAGGGAAAGGUCGGGUUUUAACUGUCAAAUGAAUGUACAUAGGCCUAUUUUUCUUUUGUGCCUUGCCUUCGACCGUUCGACGUUCGACCUAGUUGGUGUUUGUUUCAA